CCGAUCAAUCCCUUACAUCUUUACCGUCCAAUCUCCGCCGUUGGCUUAUGCAUGAUGUACCGCCAAUGCGUGAGAAGUGUGGAACGAGAGUGGAGGCGACGGCGCAGCAGAAUAGACAUCGCUGCCAUCGCGUACAAGCACGACGCGAGGUCCGGCGAUGGCGGUCUUCCUCUUCGUCCUCAUUCUUUUCCUCCGCUUUUGCAAGGCGAUCGCGAAUUCCUCACCGCCUGUGAACCACAGUCGACUGAGGUAACGCCCCGUGGCGUCUCCGUGUCCAUGCCACGUGGCAUCUCUCUAGUCUGUCGACGAAUCCGCUCGUUGCCGGCGAAGUGCUCGUCGACCGUUGAUCAAUCAAGAUCGCAAUCAAGAUCACAGGAUCUCGAUUGCAUCCAUCGAGCGGUUGUGCAUGAUGGCAAUCAUGGAUGGGGCGGCGGCGGGGACAUGUCAUCGACUGCGGGACAUGGACGGCUUUCAGAUCAAUCCGUAUCUGGUCUACACGCCUCGCCAGGUGCGUGGGGCCUUGCUCUUCGCCAUCAUCGCCUUUGGUGGAGAUGCGGAGAUGGUGAUGGCUUUAGAGACGUCCGAUCUCCUUCCUCCGAGAUCGGCGAUCGAGAGGGAACCUUCCGCGAGAAUUCCUCCCUGACAUGCCGAUUACACCUCCGCUUUGCUGGCGGGAGCUAUGGAGGACCGAACGUGUCCACGUGGCGUACGGACAGGCGGCCAUCGCGGCGCGCUUUGCCGUCGUUCUCCCCUGCGUGUCAUCCCGAUCCCGAUCCCGCUUCUCUGCACUGGAAGAAGGCAAACGUGCGCGGGGAGGUGAUUAACGGCAUUACGGAAGCUCUUCGCGGACCAAAUAUGGCGCCAAAGAGUGUCGUUCCGAACGUGCGUCUCGGUCGAGUGAAUGGAGGACCGCAGCUGAGACGUCGGCCGCAAACGAGGUCUGAUCGGGAUCGCGAUCGCCCAGUGGAUCACGGGAUCCGGUUGCCUGAUUUCGUGAGACGGCAGGUGCGCCGACACAUGGGAGGUCACGCCGAUCAUCAUCAUCAUCAUCAUCAUCAUCAUGAAGGUGAGCUCGAGAAUGAGAAGGCGGGAAAGGCAGGAGAGAGAAUUUCGCGCAUAGGUCUCUGGGCUGACGUGGCACUGACUCUUGGCAAGGGUGCGGCAGGGUGGAUAUCUGGCAGCACGGCCAUCAUCGCUGACGCGCUGCACUCAGUCAGAGUUCGAACUCUGGGGCAAGGUCCCACUCGCAAACAGGAUUGGAUUGAAGGUCUGAAUCUGGACGUGUUCGCGGAGAGGUGCACAACUCACGAUAGAUCUGCUGUUCUGCAUCUCGGUGUAAAACACGUCCAGUUUCAGGCGGUUUAUCCAAUCCUCUUUGCAAGUGGGACCUCGCCCCUGGUCUGCAUUUCAACAGUAACCCUGUGGUCAUUAAGACGGGCUCGUAUGCCGAAGGACAAGGAGCAUCCUUAUGGGCAUGGAAAAUAUGAAACUGUUGGCGCGUUAGGAGUCUCUUCUCUUCUUUUUAUCACAGGGGGUGGCAUAGCAUGGCAUGCUGUUGACGUCCUGCUGGCACUUGCGCCUAGCCUUGAUGCCCUAGUCUCAGGCUCGGAAGGUGGCGUGGCAGAGGCUCAAGCGCUAGUUGCGCAUGCGCACGACAUGCACUUCCCGAGCUUUCCCGGCAGUUCUUCUUCCCACUCUCAUGAUGGCCACCACCACGGAAUUGAUCCUGAGCAUAUGGGGGUCGCCUUGGCAGCUGCAGUCGUCUCAAUUGGAGUGAAGGAAGGACUGUACCAGGUUACGAAGACUGUUGGGGAUAGAGUGGGAAGCAAGCUUCUGGAGGCAAAUGCUUGGCAUCACAGGAGCGAUGCUGUAUCAUCUCUCGUUGCACUGGUGGGCGUGGGAGGUGCCAUGUUUGGGCAGCCAUGGCUGGAUCCCCUUGCUGGCUUGGUUGUCAGUGGAAUGAUUAUCAAAGCUAGCUACUCAAUUGGUCGGCAAAGCUUGCAGGAAUUACUCGAUGUAGGAGUUGCAGAAUCCAUGUUGGCGCCUGUACGAGAGACUGUGUUGACGGUGAAAGGCGUUGAGGGCGUCCACCACUUGAGAGGAAGGAGAAUGGGGCCAUUCAUCAUGUACGACCUGCAUAUUGAGGUUGAUCCCUGGUUGAGUGUGAGCGCAGCGCAUAACAUUGGAGAGGCCGUACGGCGAACAUUACGAGCAAAGAACUCCAGUAUUGGCGAGGUUCUUGUUCAUAUUGACCCUGCUGAUGGCCGCAAGCCAAUGCUCACACCGGCAGAACUGGAGAGUUUGGGAGAGAGAGGAGGUGACCAAGACGCUCCGCAUGAUGUCAAUGCUUCUCAAUACAUGUGUGAACAGAGAGAUGAUGAUCUGACAACAGCGCACAGGCUCGGGGAGCAUAACCACGCCGAUCACACUCGUCACAGAAUCAAUGGUGCGGAUUUAGCAUCCAGGAUCAGGGAAGCCACAGGAAGAAGUCAGGAGGAGGAGGAGGAGAAGGCUGCCUCCACCAGUCCACAUUCUGAGACCUAGUCGACAUUGACAUUUGAGUUCAUUGUAUUGCUCUUAUUGGGCUUGUAUCUCGGUGCAUUGUGCUUUGUGCUUGGUACACGACUAUCUGGUCUUCAGCUUGAUAUUGCAAUUUGGUUUUCUGCCUAUCGCGCUCGCUCAUUUUCCUUGCACGAUGAUGUUCCUGUUUGUAAUGAUGAUGAUUAUCCCGCUUGUCUUGUCUUCAGAGAGGCGAUGGAGAUUGCACGACGAGUGGAGAGGGCAAUUGAGACAGAAGCAGAUGGCAUCUCCAAAGCAGACAUUCAUCUGGAAUUGAACCACUCCACCCAUCGGUAGAUUUUUGCCAGGUCUUCAAACGAAAAGCCAACCGAGAAAAAAUAAAAAUAAAAAGAGACAACUGAG